AUGCUUCCUGUUAUGAUUCAGGUGCUCAAUUCUGGAGCUAAUGUAUAUGUUUCUUAUGGUUGCCUAUCAGCAAUUCACAAGCUGACUUGCUUGAGUAAGUCAUACGACCUUGUUGAGUUACUGAAGAAUGCUAACAUUUCAAGUGUUUUGGCGGGCGUUUUGGCAAGGAAAGAUCCUCAUGUGGUCUUUGUAGCGCUACAGAUUGCUGAAGUGCUUCUUGAGAAAUACAGAGAUACCUUCUUGAAUUGCUUUAUAAAGGAGGGUGUUUUCUUCGCUAUUGAAGCACUCUUAAAUUCUGAUAGGGGAUCAGCUGACCUUUCACAAAAGCCUGUUGCGAAAGAGAGCGUGCAAUGCUUGUGCCAGUCUUUUGCGCUUGCUUCUUCUUCACAAACUUGUAAGAUUGAAAAUGAUUCUGUCUACAUUCUUGCAACACGUAUCAAGGAGAGGUUCUUUGGACCUGAGGUAUUCGACUCUGAGAAAGGCUUGACAGAUGUCCUCCGAAACCUCAAGAACUUGUCGGUGGCACUUAACGAUUUGAUGAAUGUACCCAUUGAUGCACAUGUCCAUGAUGAGAAAUUCUUCUCAAUAUGGAAUCAAAUCGGGGAAAGGCUGAAUGGAAGGGAAUCUGUGUCCACUUUUGAGUUUACAAAGAGUGGAGUUGUAAAGUCACUGGCAAAUUAUCUGUCUAAUGGACUCUAUCAAAGGAAGCUCAGCAAAGCGGAUCCUGAAUUUGAGAGCUUACCAUAUGUUGGUAAGAGAUUCGAAAUGUUCACAAGAUUACUUUGGUCUGAUGGCGAGGCAACUUCGUCCGUGUUAGUACAGAAGCUCCAAAGUUCCUUAUCUUCUUUAGAAACCUUUCCGAUUGUCCUAAACCAAACUAUGAAGCAAAGGAACUCAUUCGCGGCUGUUCCAAAUGGACGUUACACAAGUUAUCCAAGCCUAAGAGUUCGUUUUGUUAAAGCAGAGGGGGAGACUUGUUUGCGUGAUCACUCCAAAGACUUUGUCACCGUUGACCCACUUUGCUACUUGGAUGAUGUCGAUCAAUACAUGUGGCCUAAAGUGCAUUUGGAACCUUUAGAUUCCAUCGAAGCAAAAGAUCAAGCUAUAGAGUGUCAGUCUUCUCAAUUGCAGUCAACUUCGAUAUCUUGUCAAGGUGAAAGCUCAAGUCAUAUGGAGAUUGACAGUCCUGAUGCGCCUGAGUCGCAGGUAUCUCAAGAGGAAGACCCGGAGCAGCUUCCAGGGCCAUGCGAUGAUUCAGUACAACAUGAUUCUUCCUCAUCAGAAAAGGAGGAUGCACUACCGAGGCUUUUGUUCCGUCUGGAAGGGCUUGAACUAGAACGCUCUGUGACUGUAUACCAGGCGAUUCUCUUGCACAAGUUUAAAUCAGAAACUGAAAGUACCGACGGUUCAAAGAUGAGUGCAUCCCACAGCAUCACUUAUGAAAAGGCUCCACAACUUGCGGAUUCACAUGAAAUUCCGAAUCCUCUGGGAUCUAUGGACAAUGAUGAGUGUCACGCGUUCUUAUCCUACUUGUUUGCUCAUAGACUUGCUUUGCGCCUCAAAGGGACAAAUCCUGCUGCUUAUGACAUACUAUUUCUGCUCAAGAGUCUGGAGGGCAUGAACAGAUUUCUCUUUCACCUGAUUUGUCAAGAAAGGAUUAAUGCUUUUGGAGAAGGUAGGCUGGAGAAUUUGGAUGAUCUGAGGGUGGAGGUUCGUCCUGUGCCAUAUGCUGAAUUUGUUAGCACGAAGCUUACAGAGAAGUUAGAGCAGCAGCUGCGUGAUUCUUUUGCUGCGUCAACCUGUGGUCUACCACCAUGGUUUACUGAACUAAUGGAUUCAUGCCCAUUUCUGUUUAGUUUUGAAGUUAAAUCUAAAUACUUCCGACUUGCAGCCUUCGGUUCACAGCAAGUCAAUCAUCAUCCACAACACCUUAGCAGUUCAAGUGGUCAUGGUGAAGGGCGUGAAGGGCGCCCAGCAACUGCUAGUUUACCUCGUAAAAAGUUCUUAGCUUUCCGUGAAAAAAUUCUAGAUUCUGCUGCACAGAUGAUGGAGUUAUACGGCAACCAGAAGGUGGUCAUUGAGGUUGAAUACGAUGAAGAAGUCGGAACUGGUCUUGGGCCAACACUGGAGUUCUAUACACUUGUCAGUAGGGCAUUUCAAAACCCUGAUCUUGGUAUGUGGAGGAGUGAUCGUAGUUCCUCUCCUUCAGGACUCUUUCCACGCCCUUGGUCAUGUGCCUCAGCUGCUUUUCCUACUGUGCUGAAGAAAUUUGUCCUCUUGGGGACAGUGGUAGCAAAGGCUCUACAAGAUGGACGAGUCUUAGACCUUCCCUUCUCCAAAGCCUUCUAUAAACUAAUUCUCGGACAGGAGUUGAGUUCGUUUGACAUCCACUUCGUCGACCCUGAGCUUUGUAAAACACUGGUGGAAUUGCAAGCCGUUGCACGUAGGAGAAAGGUUUCCGCAAAAGCACAGGAAUUAAGUUUCCGUGGAGCAAGUAUUGAGGACCUUUGUCUUGAAUUUACGCUACCUGGGUACACGGACUAUGAUCUCGGUCACCGUUCUGAUGAUGAUAUGGUAAAUCUGGAUAAUCUCGAGGAAUAUAUCAAGGCUAUUGUCAACGCAACCGUAUGUGAUGGGAUCGAAAAACAAGUGGAAGCAUUUCGGUCUGGAUUCAACAAAGUUUUCUCUAUUGAACAUCUUCGGAUAUUCAAUGAAGAAGAGGUGGAAACUAUGCUGUGUGGAGAACGCGAUCUCUUCAAUAUGAAUGAAGUCUUGGAUCACAUCAAGUUUGAUCAUGGAUAUACUUCUAGCAGCCCACCAGUUGAAAAUUUGUUGGAGAUUCUGCAUGAGUUUGACAAGGAGCAACAGAGAGCCUUUCUGCAAUUUGUAACAGGAUGUCCUCGGCUACCUCCUGGCGGUUUAGCGUCUCUCAAUCCCAAACUAACAAUUGUCCGCAAGCACGGUAGCGAUUCUUCAGAGGCGGACUUGCCUAGUGUGAUGACAUGCGCCAAUUACCUGAAGCUUCCACCUUACUCUUCAAAAGAAAAGAUGAAGGAGAAACUGAUUUAUGCCAUAACAGAAGGUCAAGGUUCCUUCCAUCUCUCUUAA